AUGCUCGAUGAGAACCUUCCCACGUUCCUCAUCAAACCAUCCAAAGAGAAACCGAGACAGAAUUCGACUCUGUUCUUCUCUCAGCAUGGAGCCGAGUUCGAACCCGCCUACAUACUACGACACCUCGACCCUGACCAGUAUGCCUCCCGAAACAGAUACGCCGCCGGCCUCUACGAUGCGUUCACGCCGGAUGUCCUUUACGCGGAAGUAGUCCUAAUUCCAGAAUGGACGCAGCCCCCUCCUCUAUCUGAGCAGGCUAGAUUGAACGGUGCUGUCCCUCCACCACCCGAGCCAAUUCUUCCGUCCGAGUUCACCAUCCAGCUAUACAAUCCCGACCAGCAGGUAACAGUACGGCACAAGGCAGCAACAUGGAAUACAGCGGCUUCAUGGGAGUUCGAGAUGCCGCAACAGACGUUCCGAAUGCCAUCUGUCUCAGCCCUCGACCGAGUAAUGAAUGACCCCGUCGCUUCCGAGAUUACGCCCAAGAUUGGCUUCAAAUGGAAGAAAGAUAGCAAGUUUUCCAAAGACCUGGCUUGUUUCUUGUCGGGUAAGAACACGGUGAUUGAAGGGAGCAAGACCAAGAGCAAAGAGCCGGACAUCACAGUGUCAAUAUUCAAGAGCUUGAAGGAGGUCACAUUGUACGAGCCCAAUCUCCAGAGGGUGGAAAUAGAGGAUCUGAAGGGGCUUGAGGUGGUGCUCCUCCUCGGCGCUGUGGUUAUACGAGACGUCUAUUUUGGUUCUCUCAAGGAAACCUUCAACAUCACUCCUGCAAGAAAGAAGUCCAAUUCCACGAGUCCGACCACUACGGCCAUCCCUCCCCAGUCGACUCUGUUGCCCGAGCAAAUUUCAUCGAAACCGGCGGAAGGAUUGGGACCCUCCUCAUCCGGUCGUGACCCUCGUGUACCCCCGACUGACCCACGGACUCAAUGGGAAAUUGAUGUAGAGACUGCUCGGCUGCGCAGACAGGCGGCGGAAGAAGAGCGGGAAAGACGUCGUCGUGAAGAGGAGGCGGAACGGUUAACCAAGCGGCUUCUCGAACAGGAAGAGGAAGAGCAGCGACGACGGCGGCAGGCCGAGCUUGACCGAGAAACAGAGCGCCUAAAGCAGCUGUAUGGUCAAGAAGAUGCUUCUGCCCGCCCUAAUCUACCGCCUCGGGAUCCUCGACAGCAGAGACAUCAUUCUGAAUCGAGACAUUCUGCCUACGUCCAGUCUCAGCACAAUCCAUAUCCCUCAGCACCAUACGCCAAUGCAUGGGGUCAGUAUCCAGUCACUGGCCCGGCGAAUGGCCCUUACAUGUCCGGGGCGGCGUCCCAGUCGACCUUCCUGGCACCAGCUUCAUCGUCACAACAAAACCUGAAACAAAAAUCGAGCAUUUUCAGCUUCCGCCGCCGCAGUGAACACGAUGCUAAUAAAUUGCAGAGGAAAAAAAGUGCCGUCUUCUAA